AUGGAUUCCUCUGCUAGCACAUAUCCUGUCCCUCUCACUGCAGCCGAGGAGGCUGAGAUCGCAGAAUGCGAACGCAUCGUGGCUUUCGCGGAGCAGGUCAUGACAGGGACACAUCCCCGUAUCAAGAUCCCAUCCCGUCUCCUCGAAGCCCAGCAGGCCAGCAACACCACACCUCCCAACCCAGCUGCCCCUGCUCUCCCAAACCCUGUCAUCGAUUUCCGCCGCGACUACUACCGUGAUCUCGGUCUUCAGGAGCAUGUGAAGCAAGACUCGAUCAUCCGCGCCUACCAGGGAAGAUUAGCCGGCUGUAGCCCGGAUUUCAAGCUGGGCCGAUCCAAACACGAAUCCGGUAACUUGACCACCAUUCGGAAGGCUGAGAAGAUCUACCAAAAGGUCAACGAGGCCUAUGAGAUCCUGGCCGACCCCGAGCUCCGAAAGAAAUACGAUGAAAGACGCAUUCGCGCUCGUAGCCCUCCCAAUGAAAGCAAAAUUGUUCGCUCCGCUUACCGUCGUGGAGGUCGCAAACGUGGACGUGGUGGAGGCGUUGGAAAUCGUGGAUAA